AUGGAAAGAUUACAAAGACUAUUAGGCCAAGGUGCCGGUGCAGUGCCAACUCAGAGUGAUGGGCCUGCGAUUGACAAUUCAGAGACUGUUUACAUAUCGUCGUUAGCAUUGCUUAAGAUGUUGAAGCAUGGGCGUGCUGGUGUGCCAAUGGAAGUUAUGGGGUUGAUGUUGGGGGAGUUUGUUGAUGAGUUUACUAUACAUGUGCAUGAUGUAUUUGCAAUGCCGCAGUCGGGUACUGGAGUUUCUGUUGAGGCGGUCGAUGAUGUUUUCCAGACCAAGAUGAUGGAUAUGCUCAGACAAACAGGGAGAGACCAGAUGGUUGUUGGAUGGUACCACUCGCAUCCUGGGUUUGGGUGCUGGUUGAGUUCAGUGGAUGUCAAUACACAGCAGUCGUUUGAGCAGUUGAAUAAACGUGCUGUUGCAGUGGUUAUUGAUCCGAUCCAGUCUGUCAAGGGGAAAGUUGUUAUUGAUGCGUUUAGAACGAUUGAUACAACUACGUUGAUGAUGGGGCAGGAGCCACGUCAGUCGACGUCUAAUGUUGGGCACUUGAACAAGCCAUCUAUCCAGGCGUUGAUUCAUGGGUUGAACCGUCAUUACUACUCGUUGAACAUUGAUUACCACAAAACGGAAUACGAGACGAAUAUGUUAUUGAACUUGCACAAGAAGAACUGGCAAUCAGGAUUGAAGUUGGUGGAUUAUAAUUGUAAAGAGGUUGAGAAUUUGGAUAAUACGGAGAAGAUGGUUGGUAUUGCAAAGUUGUAUAACCAGAGAGUACAGGAAGAGAAGGACUUGAGUGAGGAGCAGUUGAAGACCAGGUAUGUAGGUAAGCAAGACCCGAAGAAGCAUUUGGGAGAUACUGCUGAAAAAUUGAUUGAUGAAAAUGUUAGUAGUUUGCUUAAAGGUUGUGUAGAUGUGGUAGCAAUUCAAUGA